AUGUUCAAGUCUUCAUUGCAGAGGCAUGCCCGCCUGGGUAAUUUGGCUCGUCGUCAACUCUCGACCUUGGUCUCGCAACAGAUUCGCUCUCGACCAGUCGUAGCAUCAUGCCAGAGGCUGGCGCAAAGGGAACGGCAACUGGUUCCUCUGAGACAAAUUGCACUGCGAUUAUAUUCUCAAGAGUCUGCCGCAGCUUAUGCUACGCAGACCGACGACUCGCCGGCUUCGUUAUAUAAUAUAACACGAUUCGAAGAUCUAUCAAAAUUAGGUGUUGACGAACGUAUCAUUCGAGCCAUUACCGUGGAUAUGAAAUAUGACACCAUGACUGAGGUCCAGUCAUUGACUAUCAACCCAGCUCUCAAGGGAGUCGAUCUGGUGGCACAAGCAAAGACAGGAACUGGCAAGACCUUAGGCUUCCUUGUCCCUGUCUUCCAGCGUCUCAUUGCGGCUGAUCCAAAACUUGCUUCCCCGCAACACCGCCGAGAGGCUUCUUCACAAGAUAUUCGUGCUAUAAUUCUUUCUCCUACACGCGAGUUAGCAGAACAGAUUGGUGUCGAGGCCAGGAAGUUAGCACGACACACCGGAAUUGUCGUCCAAACCGCUGUUGGUGGGACAAGGAAGAGGGAAGCUAUGUACAAAAUGCACCGGGAGGGAUGCGACGUACUCGUUGCGACUCCGGGCAGGCUCCAUGAUAUCCUAUCGGAUCCUGCUUCCCGGGUUGAGGCGCCGAAAAUACAAUCAUUCGUAUUGGACGAGGCCGACCGCAUGCUGGAUGUUGGCUUUGCGGACGCUAUCCACGAGAUUGUAGACCUUCUACCGCCAAUUAACGAAGUCGACCGUCAAACACUUUUAUACUCUGCGACUAUCCCCCGAGAUGUUGUACAUCUAGCCAAGAGUAUGGUCAAGACAAAUAAUUUUGAUUUCGUUCAAACUAUCAACCCGGACGAGACUCCAACCCACGCACGUGUCCCGCAACACCUUGUGUCCACGAAAGGAUACGAGAAUUGGUUCCCAGUUGUCCUGGAAAUUGCUGAUCAGGCAAUGAAGAAUUCUAAGAACAACCCUGAUGCCCUUCCUUUUAAGGCAAUAAUCUUUUUCUCAAACACAGCCACCGUCCAGUUUGCCAACCGCGUAUUGAAGGCUACUCCCCUAGGGCACAGACUUCACGGUGUGCCAAUAUUCGAUAUCCAUUCAAAACUUAGCCAAGACACGCGAACUAGGAAUGCUGAGUCUUUCCGUCGUGCACAGAGCGGUAUCCUUGUCUCGUCGGAUGUCACUGCCAGAGGAAUGGACUUUCCCAAUGUAUCCCAUGUCAUUCAGGUUGGCCUUCCCCCAGACAGGGAUCAAUAUAUCCACAGAGUCGGCCGAACAGGUCGUGCUGGAAAAAAUGGAGAGGGUUGGUUGGUUCUGGCCGAGGAAGAAAUCAGGGAAGCCCGACAUCGUCUUCCUGGCUUACCUAUCAAGCCUAACAACACCAUACAAAGUGCAAGCCAUACCUUAGGACAGGGUACCCCAUCUCCGGAAGUGGCUAAAUACUUCGAGGAUGUAUCUAACGCCUACCAACGUAUCCCCAAAGAUAUCUUCGCAAGUGUCUAUAAUGCUCUACUCGGCCAAAAGUUUGGAAAGAGUCUGGACGUCGAGGAUUGCGUCCGACUCCUCAAUAACUGGUGUCUAAAUGGACUUGGCUGGGAAGAGACACCCGCCAUUACCCCCACCUCGGCCAGGAACCGCGGCUUAGACAGAGUAAAGGGAAUCAGAAUCGGGUUCGAUAACUAUGAAAAAGAAUCGGACGAUCGACGAGGUGGUGGAUUCGGCUCGUAUGGUGGUCGAGGUGGUGGUGGUGGUGGAUUCGGCUCGAAUGACCGACGAGGCGGUGGAUUCGGCUCGUAUGGUGGUCGAGGUGGUGGUGGUGGUGGUGGUGGAUUCGGCUCGUAUGGUGGCCGAGGUGGCGGCUCUGACUCAGGCUCCAGAUUUAACUCUAGAGAUCGUCGUGGAGGAGGUGACCCGUUUUCCCAGCGCGUAAGUUCAAAUUUUGAUUCUCGCGGAAGACAACCUUCUCGAGCAUCAUUCUAG